AACACAUCAGCUUUCCACAGCAAAAGUACUUUAUCUUCCCGCCUAAACAUACCCUCCUCGUGCCUCUCCAAAUUGCACAUCUCUUUAACGCCAAAUACCCUUCCUUUCUAGCAUUCGCUUUUUAGCACACCAUGCGUUUCACUUCCGCUAUCACUGCCUUCUCGGUCGUCUCGGCUGUUGUCGCCAACCCGGUGUAUGUCCGCGGCUACUCGGGCAAUGUCGGUCAGGUCAUCACCUACCCAGGUGCCGCUCCCUAUGUCCCCUAUCCGGAUACUGUUCCCUACCCGGGCACUGUUCCCUAUCCAGGCACUGUUCCCUAUCCAGGUGCCGGCCUUCCUGGAGCUGGUCUCCCGGGUAACUCCGGCGGCUCUAACAACGGUGGUGGCUCUAACAACGGUGGCGGUUCCAACAACGGUGGUGGUUCCAACAACGGUGGCGGUUCCAACAACGGUGGUGGUUCCAACAACGGUGGCGGCUCAAACAACGGUGGCGGCUCAAACAACGGUGGCGGCUCAAACAACGGCGGCUCGGGCGGCCAGAUCGGCAACCCGGCGGACUGCGGCCUGAAGCCGGGCCAGAAGGCAGCGCUGACGCCCCUGGUGGACGAGCUCAAGCUGACCAGGACCGUGGACGACCUGAAGCAUCUGGUGCACCAGAUCACCGAUCUGCUCGGCGACACCCUGCAGGAAUCUGCCAUCACCUCGGUCCUGAACAUCGUCGAUUCGUUGGUCGCCGGCCUUGGCCUCGGUGGCCUCGACCUCAAGGCGACCAUCGAUUCCGUCACUAGCAUCCUUUACAAGCAGGUGCCGUGCCUGGUCGACACCCUGCUACCCAAGCCCUGAAAACGGGAUCCCGAGACUUUUCGUUCUUUCGUUAACGCGCAAUUUCCUCGAUGGAAAGUGCCUUUUUCAUUUGCAGAAAUCUUCGCAAAUAAUUGAUUGCUUUCUUUCAAUAUACAAGCACACCCUUUUAAAAAUAUCUACUGCCGGUACCCAGGAUUUGCUUUCCUAGCAACCAACAUUCACCUUUCUAGAAGGUAAA